UCACAGUUCUACAAUAGACAAUAGUCUAUGCGCCGCCAUAAUGUCGCUUUCUGUUUUGGUAUCAUCUCACAAUAAAGGAAAUCAAUUUUCAUAACUUAUCGAUGACUUUUGUGAUAAUUCUUAGCGCAAAACAAACACCUGAUUCCAGUGUAAUUGAUUGAAAGCUCGCAGCCAUGAACACCACAGCCCCCACAUCGGCAGACGCCUGCCUGAGUAUUGUGCACUCUCUCAUGUGUCACCGGCAGGGCGGAGAGAGUGAGGGCUUCUCCAAACGUGCCAUAGAAUCUCUUGUCAAGAAGCUCAAGGAGAAACGGGACGAGUUAGACUCGCUGAUAACAGCCAUCACCACAAAUGGAGCUCACCCGAGCAAAUGUGUUACAAUACAGAGGACUUUAGAUGGCAGAUUACAGGUUGCAGGCCGCAAAGGCUUCCCACACGUGAUAUACGCUCGCAUAUGGCGCUGGCCGGACCUGCACAAGAAUGAGCUCAAGCACGUCAAGUUCUGCCAGUUUGCCUUUGACCUCAAGUGCGACUCGGUGUGCGUCAACCCUUACCACUAUGAGCGGGUGGUAUCACCAGGUAUUGAUCUCUCCGGGCUGACAUUGACAUCUGGUCCAAGCCGCCUAGUGAAGGACGAGUACACAGCUGGCUUGAGCGGGAACGGCAUGGACAUGGACACUGGCGAGCUGGUCACAAUACAGCACCACGCCGCCGCCAGCCCGCGCCACCACCACUCGCUGCCCCACCACCACCAGCAGUUCCAGGGCGCCAACAUCAUCAUCAACCAAACGCAAGCGCCAGAGGGCGUUCCGAACAUGUUCUCCCCGACGCACGGGCCGCGGCCGCUCCGGCCGCCCGGGGCGCCGCAGAUGGCGCAGCCGCCGCAGAUGCCGCACCUCUCCCCCGGGCCCCAAAUGAUCUCAAACCACGGACAGAUGACGCCCGGCCCGUCUCAACUGGGCCCCGGAACACCUCAGAUGGGACCGGGAACGCCUCAAAUGGGGCCGGGAACGCCUCAAAUGUGCCCCGGAACGCCUCAGAUGGGUCCGAGCACGCCUCAAAUGUGUCCGGGAACUCCUCAAAUGUGCCCGGGGACUCCUCAGAUGGGCCCGGGCACGCCGCAGAUGGUAGCGAAUACGCCGCAGAUGCCGUCGCCGCGCAUGGCGCCCGCGCCCACGCAGAUGUCUCCGGGGACGCCGCAGAUGCCGAACAUAAGCCAGGGGAUGUCGAUACCUAGUCCUCAACAGAUGGCCAUGAGCCAGCAGAGGACGAUAGCGCCGAAGCUGGAACCCCCGGACACUAUAGACGCGAGAGCGAUGUGGUUACCGAAAAGAAUGAACCAUUCUGCCCUGCCGGUGAGUAUGUCGCCCGGCGGGACGACGCCCCUCAUUGACGGACAAAACACGACAUUCUUCACGGCCGAGCAGACGACUACUGAAACACAAAUGACACAGACUAUAUCAGCAGGCCCUGUGUCGGUGUCAUCAGGAUCGGCCGAGAGUUCCCAACAGAACGGAUUCGCCUCAGCAGGCAGUCCUGCGCCGCAACCUAGUCCGCUGCCGCGCACGCAGCAUCAACAAGGCACUUGGACGGGCAACAACACGCUGACGUACACGCAGAGCCUCGCGCCGCCCGCGCCCGCGCCGCUAGACGCGCCGCCACAACACCAUCACUACUAUAACGGCAACCCGGGCGGGCAGCCGCUGCUGUCUCAGCUGCCUGCUCCAGAGUACUGGUGCUCGGUGGCGUACUUCGAGCUGGACACGCAGGUCGGAGAGACGUUCAAAGUGCCGUCGAGCAGGCCCAACGUCACGGUUGACGGUUACGUGGACCCUUCAGGAGGCAACAGAUUUUGCCUCGGCGCUUUGAGCAACGUUCACAGAACAGAGCAGAGCGAACGCGCAAGACUGCACAUCGGCAAGGGCGUGCAGCUGGACUUGCGCGGCGAGGGUGACGUGUGGCUGCGCUGCCUGUCCGAGCACUCCGUGUUCGUGCAGUCCUACUACCUGGACCGCGAGGCGGGCCGGGCCCCGGGCGACGCCGUGCACAAGAUAUACCCCUCCGCCUGCAUCAAGGUGUUCGACCUACGGCAGUGCCACCGGCAGAUGCAGUCUCAGGCGGCGACAGCGCAGGCCGCGGCCGCCGCGCAGGCCGCCGCCGUCGCCGGUCACAUCCAGCCCGCGCACCCAGGCAUGAACAAGUGCCUAACGGCAGCGGCGGGCAUCGGCGUGGACGACCUGCGACGGCUGUGCAUCGUGCGGCUCUCCUUCGUGAAGGGCUGGGGGCCCGACUACCCGCGCACCUCCAUCAAGGAGACCCCCUGCUGGGUCGAGGUCCAUCUCCACAGGGCCCUGCAGCUCCUCGACGAGGUGCUCCACACGAUGCCGAUCGACGGGCCGCGGAACAACAUCGAGUAGGAGUUGAUCGGCUUCUUUUGAGGCCUUCACGACACCACACAUGUGCAAGUUUGUUUCACCAGCGCGCCGGCGUGUCGCGCGCGCGCUUUUAUCGCUUAUCGCUUAUCGCUGUCGAUAACAUAUUGGUCAAGUGACAAAGAUUGCUCAGAAGGUACUGAAGGUACAGUCUCACACUUACGAUUAAAAACUCAACGGAGUAAUCAGUGAAUAUCGUAAUUCGAAAUAAUAUAACUGCGUUACAAUAUGAAUGUAAAGGCUGAGAUAUAGAAAUGGAGAUGACGAUCUUCUAUGUUUGAGAUAGCUUCUAAGGUUUGGUCACGAAAUGGAUAUCUUAAGUUGUUUAAAUAUCAGGAUACGAAUUAGAAAACUAAACCGCUGUAUUUGUGGGCUAUGUAAAAUGAGAACAUUAAAACAUGAAGUGUUUUAGUUGACGCUUUAAAAUGCCAUGUAUUCUGGUAUAAAGGCAGAACAGCGGUAAAGAUAACCUGUCAAAAUAGACCCUUAGAUUUUUAACCCUUUGACCCCGUUACGUCAUGUACGAAGUUUGAUAUUGGGCCUUAGGUGAGCGCGUCAGUUGAAGACUCUAGUGGUCAAAAUGUUAUCCGUGUACCUGAAUAAGCGAUAAAAGUGCGGCCGUUAUAUCCGCGAUGGACGCUCUCCGAGUGAUGUGAACCGUGACGGUGCAGCUUUAAACCUUAUGCCAUAUAGCAUUUAAGUUCACUUUCCUACAAAACGAAUCUUUAGGACCCCUGUCUUCCAAAAUUUUAUUUUAUAUCUAAUAAAUCUAUGCGAAACAAACAUUGCACAUUAAAGAGAAUGUGCUGCGCUCGUGUCUAAAGAAAGGUGAACUAAUCAGUUAUGUCUUGUAUUUAUUUACGUGUAGGAUAAACGCUAACAUAGUUUUUACGUUUACAGUAUUGAGACGGAAUAUACUAAAGAACACUAAGCGAUCUCAGUAUAAUAUUUUUUCACAAAUCCUAUAUGAGGUAGAUAUUAACAGAGACGUGUAGAUAAUAAUGACUCAUUAAAUUUUCGUAUAAGGUUUCACUAGAUGGCGUUGUAAAUGGUGGCCUGAAAGCUACUAUAAAAUAUGUGGCGUCUGAAAACUUGUUAAAAAGACGUGAUUUUAUUACGCUCUAUUUUAGAAACACUUUGUGGUGUUGAAGUUCCUUAUUAUUUCAUCGUCUCUGACAUUAGUAUAAAGAUUCGACGGAAACUGGUUGCUCAAGCGAGUCUGUGAAGUUACAUGUCGAGUUUAUAAUAAUUUGUGUCGUUAUCUAUGAAAAAGGACCUUAUUGUCGAUGGCGCUUACGCCAUUAUGAACGAUGCUCCGAUAUAAAUACAAUACCGCGCGACGCGCGUAAGCGCCAUCGACAAUAAGGUCCCUUUUCAUUGAUAAUGCCCCAUUUACUAACAGCGAUACCAAAAUAAGGCAUUUUCUUAAAUAUAAAGUACACUAGUCGUGUAAGUAUAAAUAUCACAAGACAUAAUUAUAGUUCAACUUGAAAGAAGCCAAAUGGGAAUUAGCUUUGUAUAGGGUAUGAUAAGUUAGAGUGUUGUAAGGUAAGGUAGUUAUGGUUACACAGUAAUUUAUGAUAGUUAUACUUUAAAAUGUUUAUACGUAGAGGUAGCGCGGGGCGCGGGUUAGGAUAGGUAUAGAAUGUGCCUGAUGGAGGGGUUGCACACUAACCCCCUUAUUCAUAAACGUGUGCUAAAGUUGACAAGCAGAUAAUAAUCGUUUGUCCCAAUCAUACCAAUACGUCGGAAAGGGACAAACGAUUAUUGUCGGCUUGUUAACUUAUAAUAUCUAAAAAUAUUUAAAAUCGCAAUAUACAGAAAAUUGUAAUGAAUUACUUUUUUUUUUUGUAUCAUUUGUGUGAGUCAAUCGGUCCUCGCUAGAAAUACGGGCGGCCGGUUGCUCUUUGUCGGAUAGUAGUAUGAAUUAGUAUUGUAAUGAAUAUUUAGAAUCGAUGCGAUCUAAUAACUAAUAACCUAAUGACAGUUAUGAAUAACCGGCCUGAUUCGAACAAUGUUUAUAACAAGUUACAGCGAAACGGAAAUGUCACUUUUGACACUAACAAAUCGGUAUCGUAAGGCUGUGAUUUCUUAGAACCAUUGUUCGAAUCAGGCCAUAAGCAUAUAGAAACAACCUUAUAAAAAUAUCUAUUUUAUCAAGUAGUUAAGUCGCUGGACCAGUAAGCAUGCAAAGUAAAGAAAAAAAAGCAUUUAAAUUACUCAAGUUCAUCUGAAGAGUAAAAGUUGAACGUGUUCUCAGAUGAAUGUUACGGACGGUCACGACAUUGCGCGACCGG